UCUGUAGUAUAUCCUGGUCCUGAUUGACGCAGAGGAUGACGUCGCGAGUCCUGGGUAACUCCCUCCGGUUCGCUUCGGACAAGCAGUCUGCGAGUCGGUGUAUGUCUGGCAAAUCGAUUGCUUGUUGCAUACUGUACUCAACGUCCACGUUCGGACGCCUUCGGAUUAAGGUCCGCUCGACAGAUACCGACCUUGGUGACGGGUCAUACAUGACAGGCCCUUGGACAUUGCCCGUCUUGUC